AUGUUGAGUCGGGGAAUUAGGGUGUUACAUAGUGGUAUAAGAGCAGAAAUGGAUGGAGGUAAAAAUGAUGAAGAAAUUAUUGAAUCUCUUCAAGAAAUUGCUCAGGCGAUGGCUUGGGCAAAGGCGGAUUUACAGGCGAAUCAGAAUAAUCAAAAUGGAAGCGAUGCGAAAUUUAUGUAUGUCUCGAAAUCAGAUAACUUCAUUCGAGGUACGUGUUUUACUCACAAUGUUGUGAUAAUUGAAAUGAUUGAUACUGGUGGAACUUAUUCAUUUAUUUAUAUUGAAUUUGUUAACAAGAUGAAUUUUGAAGUGUCCUCUAUGAAUGGAAGUAUAGUCAUUGAUACACCAGCUAAUGGUUUGGUGACUACUACGCUAGUGUAUUUGACUUGUCCUUUGACAACUUUUGGUAAAGAAUUUUGGACAGACUUAGUUUGUUUUUUGUUGACUCAACUCAAUAUGAUUUUGGGGAUGAACUUUAUAGAGUUCAACCAUGUGUACAUCAAUUGCUUUGACAAGAUUGUGUUGUUUCUCAAACCCAAGGAGAAUUUGGAUUCAAGAUUCUUAUCUACCGGUCAAGUUAAGUGGUCUUUGAGGGAGAAUGAACAGGUACUUGUGUUGUUCACUUCUCUGAGAAUGGAGAACAAUGUUGCGGCUAGUGAUAUUUUAGUGGUGUGUGAAUUCCUUGAUGUUUUUCCUGAUGAUAUUUGUGACUUGCCUUAUGAAUGUGAAGUUUAG